AGGAGCCGACCCUGGACCGGCAGCUCUGAGCCGAGAAGUGUCUGCCUGUGCGUCCGUUCGCGUCCGCGAGUGUGUCCUCGCGGGUGUGUGUGUGUGUGCUGUCUUCACAGGUGCCAUGUCGGAGCCAUCCAGGGAUGCCCACCAGAUCCCACAUGGCAGCAAGGCCUGCCGCCGCCUCUUCGGCCCAGUGGACAGCGAGCAGCUGCGCCGAGACUGUGACGCGUUAAUGGCAGGCUGUGUGCAGGAGGCCCGGGAGCGAUGGAACUUCGACUUUGUCACCGAGACACCGCUGGAGGGCGACUUUGCCUGGGAGCGUGUGUGGGGCCUGGGCCUGCCCAAGCUCUACCUGCCUGCAGGGCCCCGGGGGGGCCGGGAUGACCUGGGAGGGGGCAAGCGGCCCAGCACCUCGUCUACCCUGCUGCCGGGGACAGCUCGGGAGGACCACCUGGACCUGUCCCUGUCCUGCACUCUCAUGCCUCACUCCCCUGAGCGGCCUGAGGCGUCUCCGGGUGCACCUGGCACCUCUCAGGGCCGAAAACGGCGGCAGACCAGCAUGACAGUACCCUCUCGGCCCUAG